AUGGCGCUCCAACCCGACAGGCGAGAGCUUGGAUAUGAACAGACCUUGAUGUAUGGCAGAUACCGACAGGAGUUGAGUCAAUUUGCUAAGAACGAAGCGGUAAGACAGAAAGAGGAACAGAAACGACAAAGACAGCUUGAUGAUGAGUUUAGACACUAUAAAGGGACAUGUUGCUACACUUUUAAAUCUAACUUAAUCUGGUUCCGUGACUUUGUCUUCAGCAAGAUCGGAGAAGAUUGGAUUUUUCUUGCUCUUCUGGGUAUAAUCAUGGCCCUAUUAUCUUUUGCCAUGGACUACGCUAUUGCUAAAUUCCAAACAGCUCAAGUACAACUCUACUUAGUCAUGAAGGGGCAGCCAGUUUUACAGUACUUAGCUUGGACCGGAUUCCCAGUAGCUUUCAUCAUAUUCUCAACGGGAUUUGUCCACUUAGUGUCGCCAAAUGCCAUCGGCUCUGGGAUCCCUGAGAUGAAAACUAUUCUAAGAGGAGUCGUCCUUAAGGAGUAUCUGUCAUUUCGGACACUCGUCUCCAAGGUGGUUGGCGUGGCAACAUCACUUGGGAGUGGACUUCCCAUUGGGAAAGAGGGUCCAUUUGUGCAUAUUGCCAGUAUUGUAUCAACCAUCCUCAGCAAGCUUAUUGUUACAUUCAAAGGGAUAUUUGAGAAUGAAUCCAGAAACAGUGAGAUGUUAGCAGCAGCUUGCGCUGUGGGUGUCUCCUGUAACUUUGCUGCUCCUAUCGGUGGGGUUCUCUUCAGUAUUGAGGUCACCUCAACGUACUUUGCUGUAAGGAAUUACUGGAGGGGAUUCUUUGGAGCGGUGUGUGGGGCGUUCGUUUUUAGAUUGCUGGCCGUCUGGAAUAAGGAAGAAGAAACGAUUACAGCGUUGUUCAAGACCACAUUCAGAGUGGAUUUUCCUUUUGAUCCCCAGGAGUUGAUUGCUUUUGCAUUUAUCGGUAUUGCGUGUGGUUUCGGUGGAGCUCUGUUCGUAUUUCUGCAUCGACGGAUUGUGGAUUUUAACAGAACCCAUAAGAGAAUCAGCACUUUCUUGGUCAAGAAUCGUUUCUUGUAUCCUCUGCUGGUGGCUUUUGUCAUCUCUUCCAUCACAUUCCCUCUCGGGCUUGGUCAAUUCAUGGCUGGAGAGCUAACACAGAAGCAGCAGAUUGAUGAGCUGUUUAGUAACACAACCCUUGGUACAGAUCCAGCCAAUGUGAAUGAAGAAAAUAAAUACAAACCUUGGCAUCGUCCUAACGUCUUCGUUACCUUAGGGGUCUUUAUCGUCAUGCAGUUCUGGAUGACAGCUCUAGCUGUGACUCUACCAGUUCCUGCCGGUGUCUUCAUUCCAGUCUUCACACUAGGAGCAGCAUUUGGAAGACUGGUAGGAGAAUGUAUGGCUGCCUGGUUCCCACAAGGCAUUCAUACUUCAGAAGGAAUUAUCAAUAAGGUCAUACCAGGUGGAUACGCUGUCGUUGGAGCGGCAGCCUUAUCAGGAAGUGUAACUCACACCAUAUCAACUUCCGUCAUAGUCUUUGAGCUUACUGGACAAAUAACACACAUCUUACCUGUCAUGAUGGCGGUAUUGAUUGCCAACGCUAUUGCUCAGUUAUUACAACCAUCUUUCUAUGAUAGUAUCAUCCAGAUUAAGAAGCUACCAUACUUACCUGAUAUCAGCCACGCUGGAGCCAAGACUUAUGAGAUUUUUGUUGAAGACAUCAUGGUACGAUACGUGAAGUUUAUCUCUUGGCUGUCGACCUACGGUGACUUGAAGGAACUCUUGGAUACCUCUCCAAGACUUCAAUCCUUCCCCUUGGUAGACGCUCCAGAGUCAAUGAUACUACUGGGAUCAGUACAGCGUAGUGAGUUAGAGUACAUGUUAGAGAAGAAGAUUGGUCUUGCAAGACGUCUUGUUGUAGUCCAAGAAAGGAAGAGAGCUCAAGGAGCUGCUGAGGUCCAACCAGGACCAUCGGAUCGAUUCUCAGUCGUGUCAUUCAAUGCUAAGUCCGAUGAUACCAACUCACAGGCAAUCUCAAUCAGAAACAGUGCUGAUAAUCCUUCUUCAGUCAGUCAGAGUAACUUAGAGCUUUCCCUCCAAGUCCUGCUUAGGAAUUCCCCCCGCUCUACUCCUCGUUCUUCCCCAAGGAGUUCCUUCUCUGUGACUGGCAAGGGAAUGUUAAAAGCAUUUGGAUCCAGAGACAGCGUUCUGAGCUCAAGUAACGACUCAUUGGAUGGUAUCACUCGGAAACCUAAGGUUUAUAAACUGCCGAUUGGUGAGUUUGAAGACAUGACAGGAGAAGAGCUUGAAGAGUGGGAGACAGAAGAGUUGAAGCCUCAAUUGGAUUUCAGUGAAGUUCAUAUCGACCCGGCUCCUUUCCAACUUGUUGAGAGAACAUCUCUCCAUAAGUGUCACUCCAUGUUCUCAUUACUUGGUCUGAACCACACCUAUGUUACAACUCUUGGACGAUUAGUAGGAGUGGUGUCUUUGAAAGAGAUCCGGAGAGCCAUUGAGAGGACAGCUCAGAAUAAUCGUAACUCUUUCCGGCAAAGUAGCAGCCAUCCACCGCUGCAGAAUACCAUCCAUGGAGAAAACUCAACAAGUUGACUCCUUAACAGCCAAGAAAGCCUCUGAAUCAAACAGUAUGACCUUCCCCUUGCCCUUCCCAUCUCCACUUUAACUGAUAUAUAUUAUAGAAUAAAGUCAGAGCCGUAUAUUGACAGAGUUACGGACCAAACUACAAUUUGAAAAAUUUAACGUACCAAAAAGUAGAGUUACUUGAAAUUUCUCUCAUCUUGAUUAAUGUUUAAACAGGCAUGAUGUUCCGAUUUUUGGGGCCCUUUGAAAAACCAGAAAAAUGAUGACUAAAUUGAGGUCUAAUGGAACGUAUGUGGGUCAACCAUUGUACUGAAUAAAAUAUUCCUACUUAUUUGCAAGGACCAAUUAUCAUGCCUGUAUAAUGAUUCGGAUACUAUCUUGGCGUACAUAGUACAUGUAUACCAGCUAAAGAACCAAAAAGUAAAGAAUAGUUUAUGAUUAUAUUAUUUGUACAAAGAGACUUUACUCGGGGUCCUCACUGGUAAAAUUAAUGUUACUUCAAAAUUAUAUUAGUUGUUACUAUCUGUUGCUAUGGUGAAUAGUUGACUAAUUUGUGUGAUUUUUUAGCAUUCUUUUAUAACUAGAUCAAUGUGAUGUGGUUGUUUUGACAUCGCAAAGUCGUGUUGAAUUACUCCUCCAGUCAGAUAUAAUAUAUCUAUUAUAUAUCGUUGCGGUAUCCGCU